UUUGAUAACAAACCAGCGUGAGGGGCGGGUGGCGCUUGCCAGCGACGCAGGCGGCCCAGGCUCGACUGGACCGACCCAACCCGAGCUCAGUAGGGCGGAGCCUCCGAGCCAGAGAGGAGGUGCCAACGAGGCAAACGUCAAGAUGGCGACGUCCGUUGAGCUGGACUUGCAGCCUCUCAGUUUGGAGCUGCUGCCCACUGACCCGCUGCUGCUCAUCCUCAGCUUCCUGGAUUACAGGGAUCUCAUGAGCUGUUGUUGUGUAAGUCGUCGAUUAAAUCAGCUUUCAAGUCAUGAUCCAUUGUGGAGGAGGCACUGUAAGAAAUACUGGCUUUUAUCUGAAGCUGAGAAAUCUCGGAGAAAUAAGAGUUGGAAGGCAGCCUUUAUAGAUACUUACACUGAUUUAGGAAGGUAUAUUCAGUAUUACGCUACCCUUAAAAAAGCCUGGGAUGAUUUGAAAAAGUAUUUGUUACAGUGCUGCCCUCGGAUGAUUAAUUCUUUGAAAGACAGUAUACGGGAGGAGGACCUGGAUGCUGUAGAAGCACAAAUUGGUUGCAAGCUCCCUGAUGAUUAUCGGUGUUCAUUUCGGAUCCAUAAUGGACAGAAGCUAGUAGUUCCAGGGUUGAUGGGAAGUAUGGCACUUUCCAAUCACUAUCGCUCUGAGGAUUUGUUGGACAUUGAUACAGCAGCUGGUGGUUUUCAACAGCGACUAGGACUGAAACAAUGCCUCCCCUUAACCUUUUGCAUUCACACUGGAUUGAGUCAGUACAUGGCUCUGGAGAGCGUGGAGGGCCGCAAUAGUUAUGAGAUCUUCUACCAAUGUCCAGAUCAAAUGGCUCGUAAUCCCUCUGCGAUUGAUAUGUUUAUUACAGGUAGCUCCUAUUUGGAAUGGUUCACUUCCUACGUAAACAAUGUAGUAACAGGUGGCUAUCCCAUCAUCAGGGACCAGAUUUUCAGAUAUGUUCAUGAUAAAGACUGUGUAGCAACGACAGGAGAUAUUACAGUUUCCGUUUCUACAUCAUUUCUACCUGAACUCAGUUCUGUACAUCCACCUCACUAUUUCUUCACUUACAGAAUCAGAAUUGAGAUGUCCAAAGAUGCACUUCCUGAAAAGGCUUGUCAGUUAGAUAGUCGGUACUGGAGAAUAACCAAUGCCAAAGGUGAUGUGGAAGAAGUUCAGGGCCCUGGAGUCGUAGGAGAAUUUCCAAUAAUUAGUCCUGGACGGGUUUAUGAAUAUACUAGCUGUACUACAUUUGCCACUACUUCAGGAUACAUGGAAGGAUACUAUACAUUCCAUUGUCUGUACUACAAAGACAAGUUUUUUAAUGUCACCAUUCCAAGAUUUCAUAUGGUUUGCCCAGCAUUUAAAGUAUCCACAGCACGUAUGGAAACCAAUCACAAUGAAUGUGCAAUGGAUGAAGAUGAAGACUCAACUGACACUGAUGAAUACGAAGACAGGCGUAGAAUUCUGGACAUUCCUCCUCCUCCUGGACGUUGCCCACGUCAAACCUGAUCAGACUUUCAAAAAAUUUGUUGCCCACAGAAAGUGGUUCUUUGAGGGGAUAACAUGUACAGAUAUUUCUGAAUAUUAUAAGUAAUUAUUGAGCAGUGGAGCAAUUAGCAUGAAUUUUGGUGCCAGCUCUGAUUUAAAUCUGGUCAAAUAUACAGACAGGGUUUUAUUUUGUCAUCUGUUUGUUUUUGGAGGAAGAAUUUGUGGAGUGGAGAUGGAAAUACUAUUGUGUGGUGAGCUUUAUUCUUUCAAGCAGCUUUACAAUUGCGGGUGGGGGGUAGUCGUACAUUUAAAACUGAUGUAUGAUGAGAAUGGUAUUGGGGUUUUUAAAUUUUAAAAAAGUGUAACAUGGUGAAGACAACCGAAAUGGGGGGGAAAUAGGCAUGGCAUUUUAACAAUUAUUUUGUACAAUUGUUCAUCUCUGCUAUAAGUGAAUGCAAAACUGCAGUCUAUGUAGCUAUGGGGCUAAAUGGAUUGUUCUUGUACAUUUUAAUAUUAAUGGACAAAUACCAGGAAAUUCUGAAAUGUUUGAAAGGGAGCUGGUCUUGUGUGUGAAUCCUGAAUUUGGUAUUUGAUCACAUACAGUAUAGGCUUUUUAGAAUGUGGGAUAAAUAUACUAUCUACUUAAUUUUCUCAUUUUACAACAUAUAAAUAUGUACAUAGGUUUACACACUCUCCCUCUUGCUCUCCCUCUCCCACUCUCAAAUGCCAUUUAACAUUUAAGUGGUAGAUUUUUAAGUAUAAAUAUGUUUUCUUGAAUACUAUUUGGAUUUUUAUAACUGUCUGACUAAAGAUAAACUACUUGAGACUGUCACACCUUAAAUACAUGCUUUGAUGGUUAUAUGUUGUAUACAGUAAUCGCUGGGUGGGAUGUAGCAUCAUAUAAUAAUUGUAUCACUUUUAAAGUAGUAAAGUAAGAUAUUCAAGAGAAGCGGUGGGAAAAGGCAGUUUUAAGCAGCAAUGGUAGAGAGGAUUCAUCUUAAGACAAUUGAAGAUGUUUGCUCUCCAAGCUCAGAUUUUAAUGCACAGAAAAACAAACCAUCUAAAGUAAUGACAUACAAACAAAUUGACAUUCCCUAAUUCUGUGUGAGAGCAGGUGUGUCAGUUUCCCCAUUAAAUUGGAAAGCAGAGUUCUCUAUUUUUUUUCA